AUGGCAGAUGAAAAGCAUAUUCGACAUUGCAUGCUUUACGAGUUACAGUUGGGAAGAAAAGCGAAUGAGGCUGCAAAAAAUAUCUGUAGUGCCUUGGGUCAAGAUACUUUUGGCGGUGGUCGAGGCCGUGUGUCUAAUUUUGAUCAGGAAACACUUCAGACUCUUUUGAUUAGAAAUCCUCAAAUAAUGCAACAAGAGCAUGCGACAGCUUUAAACUGUUCGCAAAAAACUAUUUGCAAUCAAUUGCGGUCACUUGAGAAAAUUGUUACCGGAAAUAAAAAAUGGGUGCUUUAUGUUAAUCUGAAAAGACGGUUACAAUGGUUGGACAAAAGCGAAGCACCGCAGCCCACGUCAAAGCCUGACUUGCAUACGAAAAAGGUGAUGUUGUGUGUUUGUACACAAUUGGAAAGUUUAGACCGAACUUUGAGAGAAAAAGAACCCGCGUUGAUUAAUCCGAAGGGCGUAAUUCUUCAUCACGAUAACGCACGACCGCAUACUGCAAGAAUCACGGCGGAAAAACUACGUCAGUUGGGAUGGAAAGUUCUCCCACAACCUGCAUAUUCUCCAGUAAUUGCUCCAUCCGAUUAUCAUUUGUUUCGUUCCUUGCAAAAUUUUUUUCUUGGAAAACAUUUCAAUAAUGAAGAGUGCCUCAAAAACGCCUUGACCGAACUUUUUGAAUCAAAAUCACAAGAAUUUUACAAUAAAGAGAUUAAGAUGCUACCUGAGCGUUGGGCGCAAGUAGUUAAAAACAACGGCGAAUAUAUCGUUGAUUAA